CGAGAAUAUAGCCUGGUUAGCUAUCUCUGCUUGGUAUUAUUAUAAUCUUACAUAUGAUGAUAUCAAAUUAUUAUUUAGAGUUUCGGAUAGCACAACUCGGAGAAUAGUUAAGCAAUGGUUGAGCAUAGGUAGUCUUGUGAAGGUCACUAAGCAACGCAAGAGACGAGAUGAUUUAUUGCGAACUAAAGAACUAAUCAGUCAAGUAGAAACAAUGUAUAAUGAAAAACCUGCUAUUUACCUUGACGAACUGCAGAGACAAGUGCAACGGGCUAAUGGCGGUAAGACAAUAUCGUACGCCACUAUAUUGAGGAUAAUACAGUUUGAUCUUAAGUAUACACGUCAGAUAAAGGAGAAGGCGGCCAGAUAUGCCUCGUUCGGAGCUCAAACGGACUUCUUUACUUGUCUAUCAUGGGUACGUUUAUGCUCCCCAAUCUGUCAUAUUCAAUAUGUGUGUUUUAUUUGUAAUAACUACAGCUAAUAUAGUACAUUUAUACAUGCACUCCGCACAUAUACGCAUACAUACAUGCACAUAGUACAUAUAUACAUGCACAUAGCACAUAUUUGCAUGAAUACAUGCACAGCACAUAUAUAAAUAUAUGUACACAGCACAUAAAUACAUGCAUCCGCACAUAUAUUCAUACAUACAUGCCCACAGCAUAUAUAUAUAUAUAUAUGUACACCGCACAUAUACGCAUGCAUACAUGCACAUAGCACAUUUAUAUAUGUACACAGUAUAAAUUUACAUGCACUCCGCACAUAUAUUCAAACAUACAUGCCCACAGCACAUAUAUAUAUGUUCAUAGCACAUAUAUACAUGCACUCC